CAGAACAAGAACCUUUGUCGCGCAAUUCUCGAGUUCGCUCGCCACAAUGAGCUGGGUAGGCUUCAAGAAAUCCGUAACCCGAGCAGGAACAACUCUCUUGCAAAAGACGGGCCAGAUUGAACGAACCAUCGACCGGGAAUUCACAGAAGAAGAGGAGAAAUACAGGGUCUUCGAGAAAGAAUGUCAAGCACUUCAGAAGGAUAGCAAGGGAUACUGGGAUGCCAUGAAAGCAAUGACCUCAGCACAGGCCCGCAUCGCCGAUACAAUCGAGAUCUUUUACGGUGCAGCAGACCGAGGUUCAGAAGGCGCGAUGGCCGGACAUGCGUAUAAACGCUCAGUCGACGAACUCGACUCUGGAUUCACCCGUGAACUCGACGUACCAUACCGAACAGCCAUCUUGGAACCUCUGGGCAAGAUGUGCUCUUAUUUCCCGGUUAUCAACGAACACAUAUCGAAGCGGAACAAGAAGCUCCUUGACUACGACUCGGCACGAAGCAAACUCAAGAAACUCAUCGACAAACCCAGUGAAGAUCCUACCAAGCUUCCUAGGGCACAACAAGAGAACGAUGAAGCCAAGGAAGUAUUCGACAUGCUCAACGACCAGCUUAUCGCCGAACUUCCUCAACUCCUGGACCUUCGAGUGCCCUACUUUGAUCCCAGCUUCGAGGCCAUGAUUCGAAUGCAAUCCAAGUUCGCAGAGGAGGGGUACGAGAAGUUGAGUGGUGUUCAAAGAUAUUUUGCGGAUAAUGUCCGGGACGACUACGCUGCCGGCCAACUGGAUGCCCAGGUCGAAGGAGUACUGGCUGAGAUGCGGGAACUCUCAAUAUGCGGCGGAAAUUGAUUUAUAUAUUCAUGAUUGGAGUUU